UCCCCAUAUAACCAAUCAAUGCAUUUCGAGCUAAAUAUAAGAGCUUGUGUAAGAGAGGCACAUUUUUAUUUUCCUGAUGACACAAAAGUGUACAUAGUACAUUAGCAGUAGCAAAACCAAAAGGAUUAAAGGAUAUCUUUGACAAAUACAGCUGCUGCAAGAUUGACGAGAACUGCAACCAUGGCACCUAUUUUACUGAACAGUAUGGGAAAUGAACACAGCGAUUACAUUCAACAAGUGGAGUAUGUGAAGAACCCUCAUUUGGACAGCAUGGAAGAGGACAUUUUGUACCACUUCAACUUGGGCACCAAGACCCAUGACCUGCCCCAGAUGUUUGGGGAUGUGAAGUUUGUUUGUGUUGGUGGAAGUCCCAAUCGAAUGAGAUCUUUUGCCCAGUUCAUGCAUGAGCAGCUGGAGCUGCCCGGCAACAUGGAAGACAUCAGAGAUAUCUGUGAGGGAACGGACCGAUAUUCCAUGUAUAAAGUGGGACCGGUGCUGUCCAUUAGCCAUGGCAUGGGUGUUCCUUCCAUCUCCAUCAUGUUGCAUGAGCUCAUUAAAUUGCUCUAUCAUGCUCGUUGUCGUGAUGUCAUCAUCUUUCGCAUCGGCACUUCAGGCGGAGUUGGUCUGCCUGCAGGCACUGUAGUGAUCACAGAUAAAGCUGUAGACUCAUUCUUCAGGCCCCAGUUUGAGCAGGUGGUUUUGGGAAAGGUAAUCAUCAGAAACACAGAACUAGAUCAAGAUGUGGCCCAAGAGCUGCUGCAGUAUUCCUCAGAGCUUCCAGAUAUCCCCACUGUUAUUGGAAACACAAUGUGCACACAUGACUUCUAUGAAGGUCAAGGGCGACUGGACGGGGCACUGUGCUCCUUUUCCACUGAAGAAAAAUUGGAAUAUCUAAGAAACGCCAGCGAGGCAGGUGUCAGGAACAUUGAGAUGGAAUCCACUGUCUUUGCUGCCAUGUGUCGUGUCUGCAACCUUAAAGCUGCAGUGGUGUGUGUGACUCUGCUCAACCGGUUUGAGGGGGACCAAAUUUCUACACCUCAUGAGGUUCUCCUGGAAUAUCAGCAGCGACCACAGUGCCUUGUGGCUCAUUUCAUUAAGAAACGCCUCAGACUUGUGUCAUAAAAUCCUAUAAUGAACAUAUCUACAGCAGGGGUACCCAAUCCUGCUCCUGACAAUCGUCUCUCCUGCAAAGUUCAGCUCCAACUCUCAUCAAACAUACCUUUAUGAUUUGCUUCAGGUGUGUUUGAUUAGAGCUGAACUUUGCAGGACAGUCGAUCGCCAGGAGCAGGAUUGGGCACCCCUGAUCUACAGUGUACAUAAUAGUGUUCAUAGUGUGUUGUGUUAUUUAAAGGUGACAUUCACAUUUCCUAAACCUUCCCCAGCUGACUUCCUUACAAAUCAUCUCUAAUGAACACCUUGCUUUAGUAGUUACUAACAUUAGUACUAAAAAAGUUUGUAUUUUAAGUUGUUAAUCAACAAUAUGACUUAAAUUAUAUGUAUGGUGAGUUUUCACACUCACCUUUUACACUGUACAUUUUUUUAUUAUUAUUCUAAGUAUUUUUUUUAGUAACAUAUUGUUGAAGGUAGCUUUGGUGUUUAAGCAGAAAUAAACUAAGGUAUAUGUUAAGUUUAUGAAAUGAGUCAUGUGGGUUUGUACUUGAACACUUGCUCCUUUUUAUGCAAUAUAACAAACGGGGACACUUAAUUUCUAGCGAUUAUUGUCGAUUUUAUUUACUGCAUUUAAUAACAAAUAGUUUAAUCUUGUCAUUAUACCUAUUACCAUUGUAUACCAUUGUGUUCUCCUAUUUGAUACUGUUCAUUGCUUUGAUACAAUCUGUGCUGUUAAAAGUGCUAUAUAAAUAAAAGUUAUUGAUUGAUGGAAA